AUGGUGUCUAAGCUGGUUGGACGGACGAAACCGGCUGGAGAUUCGCAGAAGACUGUCAGAAUCGACGAGAAAGUGGAAAUCAAGGAGUUCCAAGCACAUAAACCCGAGAUCAUCGACAACACAACAGAAAUCCCUGCUCCGGUGCCCAUGUCUAUUGCUGAACGGAGUAUUGCCGACGCAGCUCGUCCUCCGUUGCACGCGUCGCCAUGGCGCGUUUUUCUGACGCUAUUUGCGGAAAAGGGCGGUCUGGACAAGACCAUCAAGCUGAUCCAGUACACAGGACGUCUUCUGCUUUGGGCGGCCAAACAGGGGUGGUUCACACGACACAAACAAAUGAUGCUUUUAUGGAAACUGGCCGAGAUGGAGUCGCGCCUGAAUGGUAUGGUUUCCAACUUUUCGCAGUUCCGAAAAAUCAUCAAAUUAGGCGAGUGGUUGGGUCCUGUGGAGGAUUUGGUCACAACCAAGAACCCCUUGACUUCAUUGGCGUUCCAAUCGGAGCUCAUGGAGGUCAUAAACACUAUCGGUGACGACAUUUACUGUCUCAGCAAAAUUGGAGUGGUCAAGGGCAAGAGACUCGGCCGAAACGGAGAGCUCAUGGCCAACUGGGGAUGGUACGGAGCCAUUUUCAUUAAUAUCAAGGUCGGCAUAGAAACUUAUCAGCUGGCGGCUAAGUCUGGCGACGAGGCGGCUAUUUGGGAUGCCAAAUUGACGCUGUUCAAACUCGCUAACGACUUUAUCUUCUGCACCAUCGACUGUCUGGAGCCGGAGGGUCUGAGUAACAUUUACCAGACAGUAACUGGACUGGCAAGUGGCUCUGUGGGCUUCUAUAAGCUGUGGAGAAAGAUUAGCAAAAAGCUGGACAAGGAGUUGGAGGAGAAGGAGCGAUGCAAGACCUGCUAG